AGUGCUUUGGCAUUGUUUAAUUUGCCUUCAUUUGAGUCGAAUUCCAUGAAGAGGCAAUUGAUCGAAACUCUAUAGGGGGACGAGAUUUCGUUAUGUUUUGAAUGUUUGAUCAUCUUCAAUCCGAAAGAAAUAAAACUAUGGCUGCCCGAGUAUCGCAGCCUCGCAUCGAAUAUGUCGCUGUCCCUGGAUAUUUUCUUCAGGACGAAACGAAGACUGACGCGUCGUCGUUUGAUUGCUGGACAGCUCCAAAUUUCGGCCUCGUUCCCAGACCAUAUGACUCUGACGCAACCAUUGAUCCGGACCACACAAGGACGACGCAAUGGGUGCGAUUCGCGCAUCAUAUCCGCACUCUGAACAGACUGGAGCUUGAGCGCGAAAAGCAAGCGGCCGGCGCGACCGGAAACGACACUGUCCUACCGAAUGUCCCCGUCAAAUACAGGUAUAAAGUCCUUUUUCUCGGACGCCAUGGCGAAGGGUAUCAUAAUGCUGCAGAGGCAAAAUAUGGAAAGGAAGCAUGGGAUAAUUACUGGUCCCUCCUCCCCGGGGACUCCACGUCCUAUUGGGUCGAUUCAGAGCUAUCACCCAAAGGCAUCCAGCAGGCGCUAGCUGCGAACAAAGCAUGGGCGCAGCAAUUUCAUCAGGGACUUCCAGUGCCGCAGAUAUUUUAUACGAGUCCGCAUGUACGCUGUUUGCGCACAGCCCAUUUUACAUUCAGUGGGCUGCAGAUUCCACUUUCUACAACAGAUCCUGAAGCCCUGGCAACCUUGUCGGCGACGGAAAGGCAGACCAAUUGGGGAACGCUGAAGCUGGAGUUGAAAGUAAAAGAACUCCUGAGAGAAGUGAUAUCCCCACAUACAUGCGACCAGCGCUCCUCCAAAACGCACAUUCUCUCAUUAUUCUCUUCCCCUUCCAUUUCCUCCUCUUCUUCUCCGCCCACUGUUACAGACUCCUCAUCCGAACCACCGCCGAUAGUCACCAUUGACGACGCUACUUUCGCCGAGCACGAUCCGUACUGGUCACCUUCAUUUCACGAGACAAACGACAUGGUCCAGACGAGACUACGUGUGGCGUUUGAUGAGAUUUUCGAGCGGGAGCGACCACCGUAUCCUGCUUCAGUCCCGGCAUCUACCUCGUCCUAUUCCUCUCCUUCUCCUGCUUCUUUCAAUCCCGACAAAAUUGGAGACAAAUUGGGACCAGACCAUUUCAAUGAAAUGGCACAGUCCGAACUGGGGCUUGGCCGAGAUUUUAUUUCGCUGACGAUGCAUUCGGGCGCCAUCCGGAACACGCUUGCACUUCUGGGACAUCGGCCUUUUCAUCUCUGGUCAUGCGGGAUGAUUCCGGCCGUUGUGCGCGUGGGCUACCAUUACUGAUCGAGCUCUGUCGAUUUUUCCUUCAAAUGUCGUAUAUUAUUUCACAUCCAUGAUGCACAAGCUGUAUCCACCUCAUAUUCCGCAAUCUCUGCUACACUACGUACUAUCAACAAAAACUGCACAUGGCAAUAUACAUCUCACCUUCUUUCGGAACGCUAGACUGUUAGAAAAGCGACAAAACCUUAGAAAAGGGGAGGGUAUUUGACAUCUUUAUAUCAAUACAGCU